UUUUCACAGCAAAACAGACUUUCAGACUGCAGAUGAGAGAGUCAGGAGCAGAGACAAUUUUAACUUAGCCAUCCCUAAUUUAUCUCAAGCCUUUUUCUAUUUAUCUUCACUGCUGUAUGCACACUGGAACACCAGGCUGCCGUCCUCUGGGAAACAGAACGCAACCAGGAAUCUUGGAGAGGUGUCACAGCCUGAGAAAUAUUCAAAUUGCACUGAUUUUCUCCUGGAGUACUGAGCAGAAGGAAUGAAACUCUCCAUCAAGUCCCUGCUUUGCAGGCAAUAGAUCAGAGGAUAUUGUCAGUUUUCUUGAUGGAUUAUUGUUAUUGGGCAGGUUCUUCCUGAAGACUUCAAGAAAACCGUGGAGGCUUGGAAUCCUACAUGCAAUACUGGUAUGGAGUUUCAGCUCUACCACCAUGGUUGAAAACAGCAAGAGCAAAAAAGAGAUGCCCUAUGCCUUUCUCCAUAUGAGAUUCACACUGAAUUAUCUGGACAAAAUGAGAUGCUUGAGAAAGCGAUCUGCAGUUUCCUUCCUAGGAGUCCUUGUCAUCUGCUUGUUGUUCAUGAACUUAUACAUUGAAGAUAGCUAUGUCUUGGAUGGAGACAAACAGUUAAUCAGAGAAACAGCCACACAUCAAUUAAACUCAGAGCGAUACGUUCACACAUUUAAAGAUCUGUCCAAUUUCUCAGGAUCAAUAAAUGUUUCCUACCGCUAUCUGGCUGGCACACCUUUGCUAAGAAAAAGAUAUCUUACUAUUGGACUGUCCUCUGUCAAAAGGAAAAAGGGGAAUUAUUUGCUGGAGACAAUCAAGUCCAUCUUUGAGCAGUCAAGUUAUGAAGAGCUGAAGGAAAUUGCAGUAGUGGUCCACCUGGCAGAGUUUGAUUCAUCCUGGUGUGAUGGGAUGGUUCAGGAUAUUUCACAGAAAUUUGCCCAUCAUGUGAUUGCUGGGAGAUUAAUGGUGAUCCAUACGCCUGAAGAAUACUAUCCUGUAUUGGAUGGCCUUAAGAGAAAUUAUAAUGACCCAGAGGACCGAGUGAAAUUUCGUUCCAAGCAAAAUGUAGAUUAUGCUUUCUUGCUUAACUUUUGUGCUAACCUUUCUGAUUAUUAUGUGAUGCUAGAAGAUGAUGUUCGGUGUGCAAAAAACUUCUUGACUGUUGUUAAGAAAGUCAUAACCUCACGAGAAGGAACAUACUGGGUGACGUUAGAAUUUUCAAAGUUGGGCUACAUUGGGAAGUUGUACCAUUCCCAUGAUCUCCCUCGCCUGGCUCAUUUCUUGCUGAUGUUCUACCAGGAAAUGCCUUGUGACUGGCUGCUGAUACAUUUCCGUGGACUGUUGGCUCAAAAGGAUGUGAUACGUUUCAAACCAUCUCUCUUCCAGCAUAUGGGAUAUUAUUCAUCCUACAAGGGUGCUGAGAAUAAAUUGAAAGAUGAUGACUUUGAAGAGGAUUCAUUUGACCUUCCUGAUAACCCACCUGCCAACCUGCACACUAACAUGAAUGUAUUUGAAAACUACGAGGCAAGCAAGGCAUAUAGUAGUGUCGACGAGUACUUCUGGGGCAAAGCUCCCUCGACUGGAGAUUUCUAUAUGAUCGUCUUUGAAAAACCUAUUAAAAUUAGCAGAAUUAAAGUUGUCACUGGGACAGAAGACCGGCAAAAUGAUAUCUUGCAUCAUGGGGCUCUGGAAGUUGGGGAAAAAAUUGUUGGUGGCAAAAAAGGGAGGCAAUGUACUACUUUCUUGCGGCUAGGGGAGUUUAAAAACGGAAACUUUGAAAUUACAAAUGUGGAGCACAAAGUUCUUUUUGAUAUUAACUGUAUGAGAAUACUUGUUACCAAAAGCCAAAAGGAAUGGUUGAUCAUUCGGAGCAUUAGCAUAUGGACUUCACAGAGCCCAAGUCAAUAAGGCAAAUGUACCACAGUAGGUUUCCCCCUUCCUUAUAAGGGAAGCUGGCCCCAUCUCUUGAAUCCCAAAAAUGGUGCCACUCCCUAAAUGACUCCACCCAACCUGAUUUUUACUAAAGACAUUGUCAAUCUGGGAAAUCAUAAAACAAACAAAAGCAAUCUCGUUUUUACUAGUUCAGUCAGGCAAUAUACAACUACUAGUUUGAUGGAAUGUUUGAAUUUUUUUAGGAAGUGCAAACAAGUUCUUGUUCAUCUCUCAAGCUCCAAAUCCUCUUCUCUGUUGUUUUCAUCUCCCUCUGGGGGAAAAUCCGAUGUACUAAACAAAGCAAGUGCUGUUUCAUUAUUUAAAGGUUUUGUAGGCCUGUGCCAGUAUAUUGUCAAAAGAAUUUGACUCCAUCGUAUCCACAUAUAAAUUAAAAAUGUAAUGGUGGUUUGUGUUUGUACAGUGGUUGGUGGUUUGUUUUGUUUUGAAGAAAGUUUUGGUGACAGAACUCCUGUUAAUGAAGGUGGUAAUCUCUACUGUAUGAAAGUAGUGUUGAUACCCUUUGCAACUUAUUUAAAAUGAAAAUACGUGCUCUGCUAUAAAUCUGUAAUGCUCAUUCUGUUCACCUCAAGUUCUGUAAACUAGUCUUGCUCUCAGUCACCAUGUAUGGUCCUACCAUGAUUCAUUACAUUGAAAUGAUGCACCAAUUCAAUUUUAUCUGCCUUUAGGUUCAUUCCCCAGUAUUCAGUUUGAAUUACGGGAGUAGCCUUUCUGUUUUGCAUUAUCCAUCGUAUUAUAGGUUCCCUAUAGGAUUUGAUGUGCAUAUGGAGCUCCAACCCUAAGAGCUACUAAGUCAAAGUUAUUGGGGGCUGCAAUAUAAGAGGAGCCAAGGACAGCUGUAGGAAAGAAGGCCAUCCCAGCCUUGGGGCCGGGUCAUGGUAAAGUGUGCUACUAAAGUGAACUACUAAAGUGAUCUACUGAGUUCUGUGAGCACAGAGGAUCCCUGUAGUGCUAUGCAUUGUAGCCAGUAAGAACAACAAAAGAGACUACUAUUGCACAGCUCCAUUUCAGUUCAGUGAGUCUUUUCCCCUUUGCUCUUCUUGUCAAUGGAAGACCUAUCAGUAGGUGGGUUUAUGACAAGGAGCUCUUUUUCAUACAAUAUCUUUGUUGUAUUACCAUGUGAGAUAUUUCCAAUCAUUUCCCCAGCCAUCCAGAUCAGCUUUUCCUUUGCAGUUGUUUUUUUUAAAACUAGAAAUCUGUCAUUCACUGCUGUUUCCCCCGGUGUGAGCUUUUUGUUAUUUUUGUGGUUGAUUUAAUCAUUAUGAAUAAGUCAACUUUGCACACCCAUGCCCAAUAAAGCAGGUGUCCCCAACCUGGUGCCUUCCAGGUGACUUGGACUAAAAUGUGCAUCAUCCUUCUUAUCAGCUUCACGUGGCAUGCCAGCUACAGCGUCCUCUGGAUGGAGAUAACCUAGCCAUGGUAGUCAGUGCACUGCUGACCUCAAGACUGGAUUACUGCAAUGUGCUCUGUGUGGGGCUACCCUUGGACCUCCACCAGAAGCUCCAGCUAGGGUAGAAUGCAGCAGUUAGACUUCUGAUAGGAAGAAAUGGCAGACAGCGUACAACCCCUUUCUAAAUCACCUGUACUGACUGCCAGCAGGCUACCAAUCCAGGUUCAAGGUUCUCAUAUUAACAGUUUAGGUCCAGCCCUUAUAUUCCAGCUUGAUCACUGAGAACACCCAGAGGAGAACUCUUAGUUGUUACAGAGGCCCAAGUGUCCUCAACCAGGUCAUGCAAUUAGUGUUGCCUGUCUCAUGCUAUGGAAUGCUCUUCCAGGGGAGAUUUUUGCAGGCACAUUCUCUAUUUUAUGCCAAAAGUCAGGUUAAAUUUUGUUAAUGAUUCUUUUGUAUUGUUUUGAUGGUACGUUAUGUUUCAUUGUAUUUGUACAUUUUGUUGUACACUGCCUUGUUUUUUUACAUGAGAUGGCAGUACAUCAAUACUUUUCUAAGUAAUAAACAGAUAUCUGACCAUUGGCCAUGCAGCCUGGGGAUGGUGGGAGUUGUAGUUCAAAAAUAUAUGGAGUGCAUCAGGGUGGGACAUGCUGGUGCAAAGCAUGAUAGAAAACUCUUGCACACUAUAACAGUUUUGCUUUGGAGAUACAGUUGAUAAAUACAGUCACACUUUUCAAACAUUACUUUUAAAUCUUCGGUCCUCAUUGCAGUU